AUGCAUGACUUUGAGGAAAAAAAGGUGACAAAACAAAUGCAAAAGGAACAGGAUGUAGACAAACUGACCUUUGAUGACAAAUUAGAGAUAGAUACAAAUGAUGAAGUGGAUUUUCAUGACAACAAAGUAUUUAGUAUGAAUCCAAACAUAUUAACAGAUAGUGAUGCCAAUGAUCAUAAGGUAUUCCAGGAUUAUGAAGAGUGCUGUGAAGAAGAAAUCCCAAUAGAAAAGACAUUGACUAAUCCCAUUACAAGUUGGAUUUUGUCAAGUGGGAGAGAUGUUGGUGUAAUAUUAUCCAAAUACUGUGAAAAAAUACCUCAUACCUCUAUCCAGCCUAUUUUGGAAUAUUAG